AUAAUAAUAAUAAUGGUGUGUUUUGUUUCUGACAGGAUGGAUGUGAAAUCUCUUCACUGUGUCUCUGGCAGCACUGACGGCGGAGCUUCCAAGCAUCCCAACCAAUCAGAAUGCGUCUCAGAGCAGCCAGUGGCCAAUGGGAGGCUUCCGCAUCACUGCACAGGUCAGGCUCCGCCCCCUGCCUCUGAUAGCCUGCAGGAAGCCGACAGCAGCGAUGAAUCUUUGACCGACACCUUCUCCACCAAGGACGUCUCUCGCCUUCUCCCCACCCCCCACAGACAGAAAGGUGUGGUCAGCUCAUCACAGCCUCCCAUUGGCUGCCCUCCACCCCCCACCUGCAGCCCAGGCACCAAUGAGAAGCGCCUGUCAUCGACCAAGAGCCACGCCUCCUUGAAGACGGACGCAGCCCACAUCAAGGAAGUGGCUGGAAAUGACUGCUGCGUCCACUGUCUGCUGGCCUGCCUGUUCUGUGAGCUGCUGUCCAUGUGCUCGGCGCUGGGGGAGUGUCUGGCCUGCGGCGUGGGCGGAGCCAGUUGCUGCGACGGCGCGGCGUGCUGCUGCUGCGUGGAGGCGGCGUGCACGGAGGAGGCGUGCCAGGCGGUGUUGGACUGCGGGAUGUUGGAAAACUGCUGCGCGUCGUCUGACUGCCUGGAGGUCUGCUUGGAGUGCUGCGCUAUCGUCUUCCCUUCAUAGGGCGGCCAAUCAGGGGAAGACUGGAUGAUGAUGUCAUAGCAAAGGACAGAAACCCUUGGAUUUCCUUGGUUGGUCUGAACGAUCCGCAUCCCGUUUGGAUCUCGGAUCAGCACAAAGGUUCUCCGACCUGGACAUGAAAGAAGAAGCAAGGAGCCGACUGUAGAACAAAUAUUUAUGAAAAAUAUGAAAUAAUUUAAUUAAACAAAAGACAGUUUUAAAAGCUUGUUUUUUUUAUCAUCCAUUUUCUAACAACCUUGUCCCUACUGGGGUCGGGAGGGCUGCUGGUGCCGUUUCGGGCGAGAGGCAGGGUCACCUGGACAGGUCGCCAGUCUGUCGCAGGGGAUUGUUUUUUAUCAGCACUUCUAAAUAAAGUCACUCUGGGGUCAAAAGGUUAAAGACCCAUAUCUCAUAAAUCAAGUUUACAUUAAUUUUGUAUUAUUUGCAUGUGAUCAUGUCCAUCUUCAUGUUAGCAUGUCUUUAUCAAGUUAGCAUGUUGUCAUGUUAGCAUGACAUCGUGUUAGCAUGUAAUUAUGUUAACAUGACAUCGUGUUAGCAUGUAAUUAUGUUAACAUGUCACUAUGUUAGCAUGUCGUCAUGUUAGCAUGUCAUUAUCCACUGCCAUAUAAACAUCAGAAUCAGAAACAUUUAGACCUCCAACCAGAUGUUGGUUGAGAAGACAGAAACCAAAUGGAAGUAAUAAGAAGCAAAUUCUGUUAUGAUGAGAAUUUAUCAGGUUUUCCUCUGGUAGGAACAUC